AUGAGCCGGGAUGACUGCACUCCGCGGGGCCUAUCCGACCCGGAGUCCCAUCUUGAUCUUGCCGCCGCCCAUCGCCAGCAGCCUCAGGUCGACCUUGACGCCGGUCCGAGGUCAGUCGCACCAACUUCAGCACACCAAGGUCAACAUGUCACUCUCAAUGCCGCUCUCGAGGUCGACAUGCUGCGGCACAAACUUCGCUCUCUCGAGACUAUUAUCGAACGUCACGGCAUCGCGUCACGCAUUCCCUGUCUCUCUGAAGCUGAAGAGGCGCGGGCGCUCCAGUAUCGUUGCGAGUGCCUCGAGGCCGCUUGCAUACAACAAAGUGAUGCGGACGAAACUAACAGCUUAGACAUGGACGUCGCUAGUAUCUUGACAAACUCACCGCCAGUCCCUUUGCCAUCUGGAUACCCUUCAUGGCUUGAACAUCACUUUACACACAAUGACCGAGUAACUCACACCUCGGUUUCACAAGGCUCUGCGUCAGCCCUCGACAGGUUGAUGCCAGCGCCGUUUAAAUGCUGGCACGAUCAGUGCAUACACUAUGUCUACGGCUUCUCAACUCAGCUAGAGCGUGACAACCAUCUUCGAAUCCACUCAAACAACACAACUCUAGGCGACUCGGAACUAUUUAGAAAACCUAGGAGUUCUUUGCAGCCUAACGAGCGACGACCAGAGAACAGCAGUGUCCCCUUGACGCGGGACCGAUUACCGCCUAUUCAACCACCGACGACUCUCGUAACGACUAACCUACCUCCUCUUCCCUUCCCAACCCCUUCUACGGCUUCGACAAGGAGAGAAUCUGGUCUGGGCUUCACAUUUCCGGAUCCUAAACCUACAUUACCGCGAACCGGCGGAGAGUCCGUUCCUGACCCUCAACUGCCUCCGUUGAAACGAGCUCGUGUUGGACAUCAUCGCCUACAGUCGAUUGGGGAACUCAACCUUUUACGGAAUAACGAACCUUGUCUGCGAUGCCGAGCUGCCAAUAGCCAAGUAGGAUCUUUUGCUUGGACGCAGCCUCAAACGCCUAUAACACCAUCUGAUCCACGACGAGGGAGCGUCAACGACCUCAUCUUGGCUCAGAAUCCGACUCUAGUUACGGCACCAAGACCUGUUUCUUGGAGAAUUGACUUUCAGGACACGUUUUGGUGGCAGGAUGGCGAGUUGGACCUGGACGAACGUCCUACUCGAGCCCUACAACCGAGUCUCCAUGAUCCAGCAUCCAUGCCUCCCGUUUUGCGCCUCAUCGAAUCCAGCUCAAGUUUCCGCGGCGCUGCCUUCGAUCUUCUCGAACUCCUGGCGAUCAGCGGUCAACUCUCUACGACGCGAGAGGAGGAAAAGGUGAAGCAUUCGGCACUCUUUCGGGCAAAACAGUUACUUCGAGAAGUCCUGUUCUACGAUGCAUCCCAACCGAACCCAACUAUCCAGGGAGACAACCUUCCUCCCCGACCUCCGAUCGAAGGUGGUCCUUCUGCGGAACGAAAUCAGCUUCUCAGGGAAUGCACGCGACGCUUUCUGGUCUCGUUUGACUUUGCCACCUCGAACCCGGCAGCCAUGGGCUUAAAACAAUGGCUUGGAGUCUUCAUCUCGCUUUGCAUAUUCAGCGCCGUGGAGAGAAUCUUGGUUGAUAUUGCGCGCUCUUCUCAAGUUAACAAUCAAAGACCAGCAGAGCCCUCUGAUCAAGUUGCUCGAACUGUUUACCAGGUUCUAGUAUCCCUAUUCUCGAACUCGAGCGAUGCAUUAUCGACCAACGCGAAGCUGGAAGAGCCACUUUUCCACCACAUAGCACGUGUUGUUCGUCGCGAAGCCUGGCUAUCAAAACACAUGUACUCGAGUUUCGACUUCCUCCUCAGGCUUGGAACCGGCGACGUUCCGAGCUAUGGGUUCAACGGAUUCGUUAUGCCAGCUAGACGAUACUCAGGGCCUUCAGGAUCUGGUCUUUUACCCCCGGCUCAACUGGAGCCCCCGUCCAGACCAGUCUUUCCAACCUCGACGCCGUUUAUAGGUCCCUCAGGCUCGGGCCUACACUACGUACCGCUUGGUUCGAGACCAGAGCUGCAUCCUCCAGGGCAGUUUGUGCCGCCAGUUGAAGUGCCAGGGCGAGCACGCAGACAUACAGUAGGGGACGAUAUAUCACCAACCACCGAUUCGCGACGACCAUCUGGAGAGCCAAUAUCACCUUCGAGGCUCAGAUCCUCCUCUCGUCGAACAUCUUUGCGGCGCGUUUACUGCGACAAAUGUAACGAACAUCCAGACGGUUUCCGAGGUGAUCACGAGCUUCGACGACACAUGGACGCCAAGCAUUCGGCUACGGUCAAACGAUGGGUUUGCAGGGAACCCAAGAACCCUAUACCUUCAUCGCCGCAGCCGAUCAUUCCUCUGUCACGUUGCAAAGCGUGUCUGGCACAAAAGCGCUACGGCGCAUACUACAACGCGGCAGCCCAUCUUCGUCGUGCCCACUUUCGACCGCAUCGAGUUGGUAAAGCUAGUGGUGAUUGGCCAUCCAUGAGCGUCUUGAAGGACUGGAUGCGCGAAGUACGACAAUCUGUCGACGUUACCGAGGAACAUAUAUCUAGUGGGGAGGAUGACAUGGAGGAGUUUCAGACUCCUAUUGAUUAUAGAGACUCUGUCUCUCAACGGGCAUCACUUGCCCCUGAAGCGCCGCUACAGGCGGCCUCGGUUUUAGGACCACGCGUCUCGACAUCUGUUGAACCAUCGAUGCCGAUCGAACGAGCCAGCCCGUCUCGACGACCUACCGAAAACAGGACCAAGUGUCCUCAUCCAGACUGCGGGCGCGAGUUUCGUGAUCUCGCCUCCCACAUGCUCACGCAUCAAGAGGAACGACCCGAGAAGUGCCCUAUCGUGACAUGCGAAUACCAUACAAAGGGAUUUGCGCGGAAGUACGACAAGAAUCGGCAUGCCCUGACCCACUACCGGGGUUCGAUGGUCUGCCCCUUUUGCCCUGGUGUCGGAAGCCCCUUCGAAAAGGUCUUUACGCGCGCCGAUGUCUUCAAACGACAUCUGACUGCUGCCCAUCAAGUUGACCAAACGGGCCACAGCAGUGGUCAUCGGUUACCCAGCGGCGAGGAUCCGGCCGGGACGAAAGCGAGGUGUUCUAUCUGCAAGAUUGGCUUCGGAACGGCACAAGACUUUUACGAACAUCUCGACGAUUGUGUCUUGAGCGUCAUUGUGCCAUCUUCCAGUACAUCAGGUCAGCAGGGUCGACCGCAGUCACGACAGCAAUAA